UUUACUGUCAAACAUUGGCCGCAAAGCGGCAUAGUGGGGAAGAAGGACGUCGCCGGUUGAAAACGCCAACCUGAACGACGAUUGGUGGGAUUAGUCCGUGUACAGGAGAUCGGGGAUUAAGGAGGUGUGGCUACCGUAGCCAUAUAUAUAGGGUGAGUGGCGGGGAUGACAGCAAAUACGCGGCAUAACUCCGACAGGCAACAUCGGUCCUCUCUUAUCGGUCGCGCGAAGGACUAAGCGGGUGAAUAAAAAGGUACUUGGGUGAAGCGUAUUGGUCGAUCGCGAGCAGUGUUCGUUGUGCGUUCAAAUGCUUUUGGAAAGGGAAUUUGCUGUGUGAACAUCGUAGUGGCAGAGCCGGUCGCUUUCGUUCUUGGCGAUUGGAAAAGUGCGAAUUAUUCCAACGACACGUGUUGAAAGUAUGGUGAAUAUGGAAGGAUCGGGCGAGCAGGAAACGGUGACAGCGUCGCCGUCGCCGCGCGUUGUUCUCAAAAGCAGUUUCAGUAUUCGUAGCAUCCUGCCGGAGGCGUGCGCGGGAACACCGGCCCCGACCGUCAGGCGAUCCGCGUCACCGGAGAUCAGCCACGUCGACGAUAGCGAAGAUUCGAGCGAUCUGGACGUGACCGGGGACGGCGGCACCGAGACGCCGCCCUUGGACUGCUCCAGGAACGCCGUCAACUCUGCCGCCAACUCGUCCGAGCAGAAGGACUCGAAGGAUCGACAGGCGGACGACAAGAAGAAGUGCGAGAAGCCGCCUUACAGUUACAACGCUCUCAUCAUGAUGGCCAUCCGUCAAAGUCCGGAGAAGAGGCUCACUCUGAACGGCAUCUACGAGUACAUAAUGCGCCAUUUCCCCUACUACGAGAACAACAAACAGGGCUGGCAAAAUUCCAUCAGGCACAAUCUCUCGCUGAACAAGUGUUUCGUUAAAGUUCCCCGGCACUACGACGACCCGGGAAAAGGAAAUUAUUGGAUGCUAGACCCGAGCUCCGAGGACGUGUUCAUCGGUGGCACGACCGGUAAGCUUCGUCGAAGAACCACGGCGGCUUCCAGAUCGCGAUUGGCCGCGUUCAAGAGGAGCGUGGUCCUCGGUGGACUGUAUCCAUCGGCGUACGCUCCCCCGGGAUGGCCAGCGUCCCUCUACACGCUGCCUUAUCUUCAUCGGGCCGCCGGUUAUCCGCCAGCGACCGGAGCCUACUCCACACCCGCCGGAUAUCCAGCGAGUUUAUUGCCCGGCGCGGCGACCAGUUCGGCCACCAAUUUACCUUGCAAACCGCAACCGUUGCCGGCCACAGCCGCGUCCCCGCAACACGGCCCGUUCUCCAUGGAGAGGUUGCUGCAGCCGCCGACCGCCGCUGGAUAUCCGACCGGCAUCGCGACAUCCGCCAUUCCCGUCUCCGGCAGCCCCUACGACUUCUACUCGACCCUCAGAUCGUUGGCGGCGCAUCAACAGCAUCAGAGUAGCGCCGCGGUGUUCGCUCACAAUCAGCAGCCAGCCAGAUAUCACGUGAACCAGCCGCCGCUUUUGGCGACAUCGGCUACGGCGUCGCCAGGAAGCAGCCCGGAACCGAUGUCGCCGAACUCGCCUCCCAUAACCGUCUGUAAUACCGCCGUUGUACAGCAACCGAGAUCUCUUCCGCACAGUCCGCCUCAACUACUGCUGAAACCGAUCACAGUUCUCACCGGAAGGCAAAGCUGAACGAUCUCGCUAGUCUAGUUUCGGUCGUUUUUCGUGUAACGCUCGUACAGCGGUUACGAUACCGGGGCCCCGGCAACGUACGUAGCUUCGACGAGCCUUGAACACCGAUCGACUCGCCACUCGCGAUUCCUCCGCUCCGUAUCGGAGUGCGUUCGCGCGCAUGUUGCUACGUUAUCGCCAGUUUCUCUCCUCUCGACCCAGUUAAUACGUGUACACGGUGAUAUUGUACCUACGUUUACUUUCUUUUCCUCUUAGGCUGAUUUCUGUAAAUACUAGCUUUUAAGAUGUAUCGAAUUACGUCGAUCGAGCACGAAUCCCGCGACAUCGAACGACGAUAUCCUGCCGAGCUAAAUCGUAGAAGAGUAAUAUAAUGAUAAUUGUAAAUAUAAGGCAAGAUUCGUUUAGAUGAUCUCUCGUCGCCGAUCGUUAAACUAUGUACAUAAUCGAUCAUUGUUAUUCGUAUAAGUCAUACACACGACACGUGUAUAUAUGUAUACAAGCCAAGAAAUCGCGAAUAUGUUGCUCUAGCAGCGUGUAUAUAAUCGUUAAAAUAAAUGUUUAAAGCUUUUUUUAGAAAUUUUGCCUUGUGCUUUACGAUUACCUUCCAACCUUUCUCUCACUCGUCCCAUUACCGAUCGAUCUUUUCGUCGAUUCGCUCGAGACACGUUCUAGUCGUCGAAUCCUUUAUUCGUUUGUUCGUUCGUUACGUUCGAUCCCAAGGGAAAGUAAAAUCGUCGGAUUACCGCAAGCGCGUUGUUCCAACUCCGAAAGUUUAACCUUCUUUGCGCACGGCUGAUCCUGAUCAUUUUUGCGCGUCAACGUUGUUCUAGGAUUUCCAACAAUUACACGCUCGUCCAGUUGCUCGAAUAUGCGCGAGCGAUAGGCUCGACGUAGUAAAUUUCCACGGAGCACGCAACGAAGCUUCGUCGACGGGCAUCGUAAAAGUAACAGGCAGAACCCAACGGCUGUCAAAACAUAGCGCGGGAUAAAAGUUUCGUUCGGGUAAAGUCAAUGGAUAGCGGAGUAACGAAGCGAGGUCGAAGCUUCGAAAUUCUCUAUCGGUUUAGUGCUUCAAUAUAACCAUAAAACCAUUUUUUAGUGGCCUUCGUGGAUAUUCCUUUGUGGCCUUUGAUUUCACCAAAUUAGCCUGGCUCCAGCCUCUCUUAGUCCGACGUAGUCGUCGGCUUCGUCCUUCUAGUCGACUCCGCUUUUCUCUCCUUUGGUUGUUUCGUUUCUGUUUGGUUUCUACGUUGACCUUCUUCUCCGGUUCUUCCUACUAUAGUGGCAAGAUGUACACGUCCGAUCGAAAUACUCGUCGGCAUCGACCUCGUAAUUGUCGCGACGUUGUCGAUCGUCCUUUUUGUUAGCCAUUUUUCCAUCGGCUACUGGAGAGACUGGAUCUCGUGCAGCAUAGCGUGGAGCGCAAGGAAAUUCUUUGAAAAAAUACAGCAAACGUAAAAACAUCUUGCUGAUUAAACACAAUCUCACGAGUCAUCGACAAGAUCGUCGAAUUGCAAUUUGCCUUAGUCGGUGAAAGAACGAACGAUCCGACUCCUAUUUCCUCGCUGUACGACGACAACGAUCCUCUUCGUCGUCCAUCGAAACGUUAAAGACCAGUCGAUUUGUCUUCUCAAGGAACGGAGCAACGGUAAAGAUACAACUGGUUCUCGUACCGAAGGAAAGAACACGCGAUUCCGCGUUACAUCCGCGUUAGGGUAAUUCGCAGCACUCGGAAACUUUAUUCUCUUUUCCCACUUUUACGUAUUCCGAAUGGUUCGUAGGUUGACGCGCGUAUAACGCGAUGCGAGCGAACUCUUCUAAACUCGAUGGAAACACGCGAUAACCGUCGCGAUAUGGAUUUUCUUUUCUAAUUCGAUCACGUCCUACGAAACGUCUCAAGCUGAAAUUCUACGAGUUUUCUAAUUUCCAUCGCCUUCCCUGGCUCGCAUCGCGAACAAACAACGUUGUUCGUCUUUGUGCAAUUUCAUCGAUUCGACGCUCUUCCUCUUAUCGCCAAGGCAAAUCUCCAUCGAACGACUAUCGACAAACGUUUUCGAUCCUUUAGAGAUCGACGAGAUCGCGUUAGCGACUUUCGACGCGCAUCGUCGAAGGGCGACGCCGGAGAUUAGGAUUCGCGUAGGAACGCCGAUUCGAUGGAAGCUCUAGGCGGGCUACUUUCACGUGGACACGACUCGGCAGCGUGUUGUUGCUCGGUACGAGCGGUCGCUGGAUAUUGCUAUGAUACAUUGAGACAAUGAGGCGUAAAUAAGAUAAUAGCGUACGCUGGCGUACGUCGAACGGAGGGUUUAAGCGUUUGAAGGGCCGAGAAACACGCGAGAAACAGAAGGAGAACGAGAUAGACGACCGAUUAGGAUCCGUAGAUGAGAUUGUGACCCGCGCGGCCUCUCCGCUCCAACGCGUACUUUGCAUUCUUCCAAAGCUGUUCGAUUCUAUGCUUCGCUCUCUCCACCACCGCUGUCGAUGCGUUUUAUUCUAAUUACGCGUCAAAUGGAAUAUCGUUCCGUCGGUACCGCGCGUGAAAACCAUACUCACGCGUUUCCAGUUUUAAACGCUGUUCUAUAAUAGGAACGUUCGUUCCUGCUAGAUAAAAACCAACGAUUCGUAAGAUGCAAAAAUAGCAGCUUCUCCGUGAAUCGUUUACAUUUGCGAUUCCAUCCUUUUUUUUCAACGAGUUGGUAUUUUCGCAGUACAUAAACGUGAUCGAUGCGCGAUACAGUUUUUACGCGUAACGGAGAGCGCGUCAGCAUUAGACGUUUGAUAGAAUUAUUCCGUUUAACGAGUAAGACAAAAAUAUGUACGCGUAUGGUAAUUCGAUAGCAAGAUCGGUUCAACGGUAUAUUUUAAAGGAUAGGCAAGAAGCGUAAAAAAUACUUUGCUCGUUUUUCCGUCGCUCUACUCUUAACGAUGUUGUCGACAUCGUGUCCUGUGGCGAUUAACGCGAGAUACUUUUAUCGCGAGAAUUAUAAAGUAGAUAACUGUUUCUAUAUUUCCGACAUCGAUCGAUCCACGUAAACGUUCUGAUAAAAUCGUACGGUUUCCUGGAUACAGCAACACAAGGAGAAAAAGUACGUACACGCGUACCGUGUACCGAUACGCGAAUUUCAAGCGUCCUGUAAAUUGCGUUAGAUUUAUAGCGCUGGCGUUUGAAAUUCGUAUUAUCGCAACUUAGACGUUCGAUUUAACGACAGCCUGGUGGCGGAUCGGAAAUUCUGCCUGUAAUUACAGGAAUAUAUUAGCGUGCUGCCACUGCGCAUUAUCACCGAACCGAUAACGCUUGUCAGCGACGUAUAAAGCGAGAUUAAACGAAUGUUGCAUAGCAUCACGUAGUCGAAGGGGACGAUAAACACUUGCGUGGUCAAUUGGUCCAAGUGGCGAGUCCUCUAUGGGCGUGUUACUUCUCCGGUGUAUACGAUAGACGUUCUUCUCUAUCCGCACGGAUAAAUUCGAAAUAGUUUGUCCUUUGUCCACGCUUCGUCGGUGCAGUUAUCCUUCGUAUCGCGCGUUUCGUCUCGAUUACCGCUACUUUCCAUCGUUUCGUCCGAUCCUCCGCGCCUUAAUCGCUUUUGUUCCACGAAUCUCUGCUCUCGGCAACCGCGAGUCGCCGCAAUUGCGAAAGUACGUUCGUAUCGAAUCGUUUAUUUUACCGCGUUUCUCCCAAUUUCUCCUGCUAAUUACGUACGACUGAGCAAAAAAAAAAAAAAAAGAAAAAAAAGUAACGUUAACUGGUGUCUGGACGCGAGGCUAAGAGGUUCGCGGAUUUCUCGACUUCGAUUUAGCAACGCGAAGUUGAAAUUUCUUUGGAAGGAGUAGCUUUGAUUCGGACAACGCGCGUAAUCUCUAUUUAUAUCUGAUAACGGCGCAGCAGGGUCUGCAAAACGCGUAAAGAUCAUAAAGUGUUCCUGGCAUUUUAGUAAGUAGUCGGUAACUCGCUGAAUUACUUUGCGCUAUUACAUUAUUGUCGAUGUCGUCAGCGUUAGUCGCAGAGUCGGUCUGACUAGGGUUGCCGUGAUGCCUUUCGGGGCCCUUGUAAUACCAUUUCGCUAAUACCAGAUGAUUGUCGCGUUAUUCGCACGAUAAAAAGGUAUUCGCAUUCCACGCGUUGGACGGUCGUCCCUUGGUACGCCGAUGAAAUUGCCUUCCAUCGAACCACGCGAAUCGUCGUACAAAGAGCGCGUAUAGGUUGCGCGGCGCGGCCGGUUUCGUAGCUCGCUUUCAAAAUUGCCUACGGUUAUUUUGACAUCGCCAUUUUGCGUUCUCGCAAGAGUCAGGAACACGCGUACUCUUCUCUCGCACGAAAUUGGUAUAAAUAGAAUGGGCGCAUCACACAUGUGCGACGCGUUUUGGGGUGGCGCGUCAAUAGAUUUCAAUGGCAGCGUGUUACAUUAUUUUCAUCCGUGGAUGCAUACACGUAUACGCGUUGUGGGGAUCGUUGCGUGCAGUUUCGCCCUCCCCCUCUCUUUUUCAGCCGUGUUAGAGACGCACGUUCACGCAGAGAAAGGAAUAGACUGGUUUUGCUCUCGAGCAGAAGGUCUCCUCUUUCCCGCAGGGGUAGCUAUCCCCUAGUCACCGAGGGGAAUAACAGGCAUUCCGGCCGAAUUUCUAGCCUAUGGGGAUGCGCGGUGAGCGCGAUGGUGGCCGAUUUGCGGUUUAUUCGGAACGCGAUCCGGCGUUUCUCUCCAACCGCGUCGAUCCUCCUGCCAACUUCCGCCGCUCGUCCGCCAACGUUCUUCGAGAUUUCGUUUCGCCUCUGCUUCGCUCAACGUUCGCCUUUGCCGCCUGUUGUUCCGUACGAGCGGAACCUACGUGCCGCCGUGAUUAAUCAGAGAAAUCGCGCUACUCGAGAAGCUUCGAUACUCGCGUUUUCGUGAAAUACGGUGCGUAGAGAUCGUUGCUUACGAUCCGCGCGGAGUAAGCUCGCCAUCGUCCAGCGGCCAUGGACGUUCGGUUCGUACCACGUAUCGUAAAUCUUUUCCGGUUUAAUUCUAGCGAGCACGUGAAUAGAAGAUCGGAGAAAACUCGAGCUAAACGACUCGCGAGUGGUUCCAAGAAAACGGUGAACUCGUGCGAGAGAAGAGAACGAUGACGUAUGGGCGUAAUCGUCGGUCGAGUCAUCGAUCUUCCGCCGAAGAAUCGCCGCGAGCGGAAGUCCGGUUGAUUUUCGUGACGCGGACGAGCUGGAUAUAAGUGGUACCGCGUAGAGAAUGUUGACGUGGCACUUUGAUCGCGGUCAAUUUCGAGCAAGAUUCAAGGAUAGUAUCAAGUACCCUGUUGGUCGGCCACGCGCGCAUGACGUAAGGCCGCGUACCUAUGUAAGUAGCCGUGUUCGUACUGUCGCAAGAUGACUCGGUUAACUUAUUUAAGCGAGGAAGAAGGGUUAAGAGAAGACGCUCGUCGGCCGCUAACAGCGCCAUAUUCCUCGCCACCUCCGCACGGUUGGUAGCAAUUACGAGCUCGCGAUUGCUCGUCUGGAGCGAACCAGUUUGCGGGCUUUCAGUCGCGUCUCCUUCGUUCUCCGAGACGCCCACUUUCCAUCCAGCUACGUCUUCACCUUUUCUUUUCGUUUUCUCUUACUUUAUCGCGAUUUUUCUUCCGUUCGAUCCUAUUUCCUCGCCGAUUCGCCUCGUAAAUCCACUUUUGCCCGUAGACAUCUUCUUCGCCGAAGCAUCUAUCGAUUUCUCUAGAAACGUCGUAAAUUCGGCGAAACGUUGUUCGAAUCGAAGGACGCGCUAGUCGAACGCACGACCGAGUACGAAGGAAGAAACUGCGCGUUUAAUCGUCGGAUCGGGAAUCGUCCGAUCUUUCUUGCAAUUCUAUCUCAACGAACGAGUCGGUUACAUCUGCGAUAUUUUACAGGAUAACAAAUAUUCUCGAGUAACCGAUUUAGUAGGUCGAAUUGAAUAAUAAUAACUCGUCGCAAAUGCUAUUAUUCAUUCUUCUACUUUGUCGUAAUCGACGUAUGGAAAGCGAUACGUGAUAUUUCGGCGAAGAAUCUCGCGCAAGAUACGAUGUACGUAUCGUAUCUCUGUAUCGCCGUUAAGCAAAUGGUGUAGGACAGUUAGCUGGUCGUCGGAUAAAUUAAAUUAUCGAGGAAUUUACGAUUGUAUGGUGUCGAUCCAUGAAACUUAAUAAAACCUAGUCCGGAUUCGGAUGGUAGGAAGAGCAGAGACGGGAUUGAAGUAAUCACGUUAUACAAAACAGUUAAGAGGUUCCCAGGCGCGUACCGCCGCGACAGACGGCCCGUAUCUUCGUGUGGCACAAAAGUGUUAAACGAAUGAAUGAACGAAUGAAUGUACGACCGUCGAAUGGUCGAAUGAAUGAGCGGCUGCUCGUAUGUCUCUGUUCAAACGUUAACUUCCAAGCAGAACGAGGGAGGAGAGGAAAAAGCGCGCGAGCGAACGAAAGCUUGGAAAGGAUGGAAGCAGGGAAAGGCAGAAGAAGAACCGUACGUUCCAACGUCGUCGGAAUAAAUGCUGGCAGUCGCAUGCUUCUUUACAUCGGAUAAAGAAACGAUCGAGAAUUUCAUUUUUGGAAAAAGGUAACGCAACACCCAUCCAUCACGCUAUCACGAUUUAUUUGUCAGGCUGUUUUCGUCGAUCGCGUUACGAGCGAUGCGACGACUUUGCGAACAUUUUCCAUGCAUGCUACGAUAAUUUAAAUAAAAAACGAAAUAACUGUAUCGAACGAUGUUUGUAAUUUAAAAGAAAGUAUGCGUUGCUAUUUUAUUUUCACGCGUGAGAUGUAUUUCGUAAAGUAAGUCUUCGCUCACCUUCUGAUACAUCGUUCUCUGAAAAAGUAACAAUAUAUCUGUUAAAUUUCAUCUUCGAAAAUUUGGUCAAACCCUAUAUGAGAAUAUUGUUAUAAAUUAUAUUUAAAUGGAAAAGACGACAGCUUUGAUAACUUUAAAUGUAAAAUUCUAUUGUAUAUACAGGGUGGUUGGUAACUGGUGGUACAGGCGGAAAGGGGGUGAUUCUACGCGAAAAAAGAAGUCGAAAAUAUAGAAUAAAAAUUGUUCGUUUGUGGCUUUGCUUCCGAGAAAAUCCACUUUGAAUUUUCGCUCGGUACGCGUGCGGUACGUUAGAACGGAUCUCACUGUAGAU